AGCUCGCGACCAGGAGACGCGGUGCGAAUUAUGCGCGCGCUCAGUCACAUGCUCGCGGAGGUUUAAAAGUUCUCUGACUUUUAAAACAGUUUGCAUUUUUAAAGAUCCUUUUUUAACAGGAUUUAUGCAUAGUUUUGUUUCUACUGAAACUACUACUGGGAGAUUUCUGCGUGAUUUCUGGCAGUGCACAAAACUUCUGAUCUGGAGUCUCAGAGAUGGAGUCUGAGGAAAGCAAAAUUUCAGUGUGGGUUUGUCGUGAAGAGAAGAUCGUGUCGGGUUUGUGUAAGCGCACGACGUGUGCGGACGUAAUUAAAGUCCUGCUGGUGGAACAAAAUUUGCACGGGCGCGCGUCCGCGUCAGCGCGCUCUUAUUGCAUUGUGGAGAAGUGGCGCGGAUUCGAGCGCGUUUUGCCCAACAAGACUAAAAUACUGCGCUUGUGGAAUGCAUGGGGUGAAGAGCAGGAAUAUGUCCGAUUCGUGCUCGUCAAGCAGGACGCGUCCUUGGGCAGCAGCGCGCCACGCAGUGCCGAGGCGCGACUCGUGCCCAGCCGGCAGAACCCGUGCGCGCGCGAGGGCACUGUGCGCCAAGCCACCAUGGCACUGUCGCCCGAGAAGCAACGGCGCGUGGUCCGAAAGGCGUUCAGAAAGCUCGAACGGAUCAAUAAGAAGCGCGCGCGGGCACAGUGCAAGGAUGUGGAGAGAAUGGAGACCCUCGUGCAUCUGGUGGUCUCGCAGGACCACACCAUCAGGCAGCAGGUGGAGCGCAUUCAGGAGCUGGACCGCGAGAUCGAACUCUAUGAGGCUAAGGUGCACCUGGACAGGGUAAGGGAACAUGGCGCCAACUACGUCCAGGAGACCUACAUGGUGGAAGGAGCUGCAUCCCGGCAUUCACACCCCAGCGAUGGAAAGCAAACUCUUGCCCAGUUGGAGGAGUACAUCCGAAAGUGUGAGGAGGUGAUAAGGCUGCAGGAAGAUCUUACUGAUCGCCAAGUUCUGCUGGACAGCAUAACCAGAGAUAUCCAGGAGGAGCUAAACCAGAGGUGGAUGAAGCGGAGACAGGAGGAGCUGGCUAAUAAGGAUUUUGGAAAUGACAGCACGCUCAGGGUUAUAAAUCAAACGUGGGAAAUAAAUGCAUGUGAAAUGCUUCCAAAGGUGUCACUUGAGGAUGAUUUGCUCUUAGAGGAGGAGCGGAUUAGGACUCAACUUGACGCGAGUUUGUACAUUGGCCUUAGGCUAAGUACGGAUUUAGAAACUGCUAGAAACGACCUGAACUUGGUGCAGGAGAUCUGGAGGGGAAGAGACAAAGAACUAAAGGAUUUGCUUGAAAAAGUGGACUCACUCGAUUUAGAGGAAGAGGAGGAAGAAGAGGAGGAGGAGGAGGAGGAAAGGUGCGACAUGCUUAAGGACACUGAUAGAGUAAAUGAUGAAGACACAGCAAGUGGUCAUGGUGCAUGGGUUGAGCAGGCCAGAGGACUUGCUGCUAAAGCAUGUAGCACUAAUGAUGACGAUUCAGACACAGGUCUCAGUUCCAUGCACAGCCAAGACUCGGACAUUUCCCCUGUUUUCGAGUCUCUUGUAUAGCAGCACACACAGGGACUGGGAAUUUCCCCAGAGCUGAAUUAAUACAUGAAGAGAGUUUGUAUUUAUAAACAUCUGGACUGAAAUAGACUCAGUACGAUUUUAAUAAACCACUGGAGAUUUUGUUGUAUUGUGUAUAAUCACCACCUGGACCCCUUAGUCCUGUUGUUUAUGUAACAUAAAAACACUAAUUAUAAAAUUGCUGACAAAUGUGCACUUAGUUAUUAGUGUUAGGCAACUGCAUUGAUCAUAGAUUUUUUUUUUGUUCCUGCACCACAUUUUAAUGUCAACUAACUCAGUGUUAAUUUGUCCAUAGAUUUGAGAGUGAUUGUUACACCAAAGACACUUACUUUGAACCAUUCCAAUUUUAAAAGGCUGGUGGAGUUUGUGUUUAAUAAUUAAAGCCCAAUAUUAAUUGUAAAGAGCAAACAAAUUGGUAGAAUGUUUAUGAAACCUGUAUUUUAAGUCAAAUAAACCCUAUAAAUCCAGAUGUAGUUGUGCUCUAGAUUAUUUAAUUUGUUCAUAAAAAUCGUAUGUAGUCUUAGUCAUUAAACUAGCAGUGAGGGGUUUAUCUUUGACUCUGGGAUUCUGUCUAAUUUUCAGUUGUCAAAUUCAGUUUGGAAAGCAUGAAAUUCUGAUAAUGUGGUGCAAUGUAGAGAAAAUUGUAACAGUGAAUCAGCAGUGUGAUUGGUUCUCAGCUGAUCUUAGAUAAGCCGAGGAUAGCGGCUCCAAGUGAGGACACUAGAGUGUGGAAAGAGAACUAACAAAGUUAAUUAACCAUUGCCACCAAAUUCUGUUGACAGGUAUAGAAUGUGCAUAUUAUUGGUUAACAUUUAACAUGCUUACGACAUAAAAA